CCUGCUACACUUUUCAACCCUUUCUCCACCAUUGACGUAAAGUAAUCUACAGAUUAUACAUCAAAAUGGGUCUUUGAAAAUUCCACUUUAAUCACUCUCUUCUCUUAAAUCAAUGCAUAUGUAAAAAAGCUCUGUAAAAAUGGCGGACAUGUUCGAUACACCACGCAUUUCUUCUUCAUAUUCUCCGCCGCCUGAAUCCACCGAUGACAUUUCCCUUCUCCUCCGUCAGAUCCUGUUUAAAUCAUCAUCAUCAUCUUCUUCUUCAUCCUUUUCUCUCACUCCCAAACAAAUGCAGUAUGAAUUCCAACGCCAACAACCGCCGUAUUCCUCCGGGCUUUCUAUUUCCGAUCAGAUCCCCACGUUAUCUUCCACCGGUGUUACUCACAUUCCGGCGAAUACCAUGGCUCAUGUCUCUUCUUCUUCUGUGGGUACUAUCGAUUAUGACCCAGAUGAAUACGAUUGCGAAAGUGAGGAGGGAUUCGAAAAUUUGAUGGACGAAAUGGUCGCAAAACAAAAUCCUCCUCGUAAUCCUUCAAAACGAACACGAGCAGCAGAGGUUCAUAAUUUGUCCGAAAAGAGGAGGAGAAGCAAGAUAAAUGAGAAGAUGAAGGCCUUGCAGAAGCUUAUCCCCAAUUCAAAUAAGACGGAUAAAGCUUCAAUGCUGGAUGAAGCCAUUGAAUAUCUGAAGCAGCUUCAGCUCCAAGUUCAGAUGUUGACGAUGAGAAAUGGGAUAAACUUGUACUCCAUGUGUGCGCCGACGAACCAGAGAACCGGUGGGUUGAACCUUGGAAACCAGUCCGGCAACAUGACGGCGAACCAAGAACAGGUGGUGAACCCGAUGUUUAGCCUCCCGGUUCAAUGCACCGGCGUCGGCCAAAAUCCGCCGUCGAUACUUGACUUUUCCCGGUCGAUGAAUCACGAACCUCCGUUUGGAACUCAACUGGGAUCUUGAAUCUUUUAGUUAUUAUUAGUUCUUGUAAUCGUAAGGUGAAACAUGUAUGACUUUGUUAGUAGUCGGUAUGAUUGUGAUUUUAAUUUUCAGUUUCAAUAGUGAUAGAACUGUUGACAGAACGUAGAAGUGUUACUUUAAUGAUGUGAC